AAUUUGUACUUGUAUAUACCUUCCUGGAUGCAUUUGGUUAUUGCUGACAUCAUUGAACACUAUAGAAAAGAACAGAUUGUUGAAGGGUAUUACCUUAAAGAUCCCGUUCCAAUGCAGCAUCAAGAACAAAUGUUUAAUGAUACAGUGGAUGGAAGAGAAAUCUACAAUACAAUUCGUCGCAAAACAAAGGAUGCUUUUUAUAAAAAUAUUGUCAAAAAAGGUUAUCUUCUAAAGAAAAGUAAAGGAAAGAGGUGGAAAAACUUGUACUUUAUAUUAGAGGGAAAUGAUGCCCAACUUAUUUAUUUUGAAAGUGAAAAACGAGCCACAAAACCCAAAGGAUUAAUAGACCUUAGUGUGUGUUCCGUAUAUGGAGUACACGACAGCUUGUUUGGCAGGCCAAACUGUUUUCAAAUAGUAGUUCAGCACUUUAGUGAAGAGCAUUACAUCUUCUACUUUGCAGGAGAAACUCCAGAACAAGCACAGGACUGGAUGAAAGCUCUGCAGAUGUUCUGCAGUUUAAGAAAAACCAGUCCAGGGACAUCAAAUAAGCGUCUACGUCAGGUCAGCAGUCUUAUUUUGCAUGUUGAAGAAGCGCAUACGCUCCCUGUAAAGCAUUUUACUAAUCCGUAUUGUAACAUCUACCUGAACAGUGUCCAGGUAGCAAAAACACAUAUCAGGGAAGGGCAGAACCCUGUUUGGUCAGAAGAAUUUGUCUUUGAUGAUCUUUCAUCUGAUAUUAAUAGAUUUGAGAUAAGUCUAAGUAACAAAACAAAGAAAAGUAAAGAUCCAGAUAUAUUGUUUAUGCGAUGCCAGUUGAGUCGAUUACAGAGAGGACAUGCAACAGAUGAGUGGUUUCAGCUCAGUUCCCAUGUACCAUUAAAGGGUAUCGAGCCAGGAUCUUUGCGUGUUCGAGCACGUUAUUCUAUGGAGAGGAUCAUGCCAGAAGAGGAGUACAGUGAGUUUAAAGAGCUUGUACUCCAAAAAGAGCUACAUGUAGUCCAUGCCUUAUCACAUGUUUGUGGACAGGACAGAACACUGUUGGCAGGCAUUUUAUUGAAGAUUUUUCUUCAUGAAAAACUUGAGUCAUUGUUGCUACGAACACUAAAUGACAGGGAAAUAAGCAUGGAAGACGAAGCUACUACCUUGUUUCGUGCCACCACUUUAGCCAGUACGCUUAUGGAGCAGUAUAUGAAAGCCACAGCGACACGUUUUGUUCACCACGCACUGAAAGACUCUAUAUUGAAGAUAAUGGAGAGCAAGCAGUCCUGUGAGUUAAAUCCCUCCAAGUUGGAAAAAAAUGAAGAUGUAAACGCUAAUUUGGCCCAUCUACUCAGUAUACUUUCGGAACUGGUAGAGAAAAUAUUCAUGGCUGCAGAGAUACUGCCUCCAACGUUGAGGUAUAUUUAUGGGUGCUUGCAGAAGUCUGUUCAAAACAAGUGGCCUGCCAACACCACCAUGAGAACCAGAGUUGUUAGUGGUUUUGUUUUUCUUCGACUGAUUUGUCCUGCUAUCUUGAACCCAAGAAUGUUUAACAUCAUCUCAGAUUCUCCUUCCCCUACUGCUGCAAGAACAUUGACGCUGGUCGCCAAGUCUGUGCAGAAUUUAGCAAACCUGGUUGAAUUUGGAGCCAAGGAACCAUAUAUGGAGGGGGUAAAUCCGUUCAUCAAGAGUAACAAACAUCGCAUGAUCAUGUUCCUAGACGAGCUUGGGAAUGUUCCCGAGCUCCCAGACACUACGGAGCACUCUAGAACUGACCUCUCUCGUGACCUAGCCGCCUUGCACGAGAUGUGUGUGGCGCACUCGGAUGAGCUUCGCACGCUCAGCAACGAGCGAGGGGUAAUGCAGCAUGUUCUUAAGAAACUGUUGGCUAUUACAGAACUGCUUCAACAAAAACAAAAUCAGUAUUCAGUGUCUAAUAACAUCAGGUAGCAGCCCUCUACCUGAACUCUGCAUGGAUCCAGCAUGCCCAACAUGGCAACCCACACCAGUAUCACUUUCUUCUUGCUCUUGCCAAAAAUAGCACACCCUAUCACGUUCCCAGUGAUGUGUGAACUAUGCAAAAAGAAAACAAAGAUUCUGUUGGUGAAUGAUUGUACCAGCAGCUUUUUAAGCUAUGUGUGCAGGACAUUUGCACUUUUUUUCCACUUGGAACAAAUUUUCACGACCUCUGAGCCUCGGUGUACAGUUCACCUUCUGCAAAGAAAAUGCUGUGACUGUCUCUCGAACUUUGAAAAUAAUUUUCAGCACCUCCAAUUGCCAAAGUUUUGUUGUCUUGUUGGAAAAGAAUUAUCAACUGACAAGGAAAGAAACUCACUGUUUUGACAGCUGCAUAUAACUGGAUAACACUUCUUACUGUAAUUUCUGACUGGUGUUACAACUAUUACAACUUUGACUGUUUCAACCACUUUUAACUUGUAUUUACAGUUUCCAGAGUUUGACGUUAUGGUAGAAACAAUCUUUGCUGUACACUUUUUAUACCAUGCUGUUUCUCUUGCUGGAAUCAUGUUGAAAGAGAAUAUCCAGAAUGGGUCUUGACAGCUUUAUUUUUAAUGUGCCACUGAUUCAGUCUGAAUAAUUCUUCCAUCAAGGACUGUAUAUCCAGAUAAAUCACAAUGCUUUUGUAAAAUGUUUACAACAGUAAAUAAUUUGAAUUCAGUAAAUUUAUUGAUCAUUGUAUCAGACAUGCAUGCAUUCAUUAAACCAUUUUAUAAAAUGUUCUGGUUGGUCUCUUGUGUAAUGUAAGUCUACUAUGAGUUUUAUUUUUAUA